UGCAGAGAGAUCAGCAGAUGAGAGGAAGCAUUUGGUGAUUGACAGGGAUUAAUGGAUUAUUAACAAAGCCGUCUGCUGUCAAAGCCUCCAUCAUCAGCAUUGAUUUGUGUUUAGUUGUUUUUUAUGCUGGUAUUUGUACUGGUGCCUUUGUCUCACUGUCAGUUAGCUGAUGAAGGAACAGAAAAAGUUUGAGAUCCAGCAACAGAGUCCUCAGCAACAGAAGAGUUGCAUUGAGGUGGACCAUUGUGAUUGGAACAGAAAACAGGAGAUGUAAACAACCAGUCUUCAUUUAACCUUUCCUCUAACUACGCCUCCAAUUAUAUUUCCUUUUUGCUAGUUUUCCCACAAAUAUGAACAUUCCUUUGUCUUCCAUCCUCCUUAUGAUUUUUUCUAUUAAUUUCUCUGGGUGGCUGCUCCUGCCUGUGGGUAGCUCAUAUGUGUGCCCACACCAGUGCAUUUGCUAUGAGCACGCUGACCUGGUGGACUGCCGCAAUGGCAAAUUUGAACAUGUACCCAGGGGCCUCCCUCACGGUACGUGGCUGCUGAAGCUUGGAGGAAACAAUCUGAGAAUCAUAGAAACCCGAACCUUCAUUGGGCUGUGGUCCCUGAGGGUGCUGGUGCUGACCAACAGUCACAUCAAAGAAAUACAAGCACAGGCUUUUUUUUCUUUAUCCUUCCUUGAAAAGUUGGAUCUCAGCUGGAAUCAGAUAACGACUCUCCCUGUGGACUUCUCCUCCAGCUUGUCUGCUCUCAAGGAGCUCCGAAUGGAGCACAACAAUUUAAAUUAUAUAUCUGGAUUCAGCUUGGAACACUUGGACAACAUGGAAAAGUUGGACCUCAGUUAUAACCAGCUGGUGUCUGUUGGCCCUGGUGUGUUCAGGGGCCUCUCUAGGCUGAGACAGCUCUUUCUACACAACAACAGACUGACAGUGGUGGAGCAAGGCAGCCUUGACAUGCUGCCUGGACUUGAGGUGCUGCAGCUGAGUAACAACAACAUCUCCCAGAUAGACUCUGACGCUCUGGCUCCUCUCUAUAGUCUGGCGAUUCUUAAUCUGGAAGGAAACAACUUGCAUCACCUGAAGUUUAAGACCUUCAUCAGUCUUCAUACAACAGCAACACACAUUCAGCUUUCAGGCAACCCAUGGAGCUGUGACUGUGAGCUACAUCGUGUCUUCAGCAAGAUCUUACAUGUCCGCUACCUCCAUAUUGACGACUACCGAAAUGUGACCUGCAAGGACCCCCCACAACUGGUUGGGGCUUCUCUGGCCUGGGUGGACAGCCAGCUCUGUGUUGCGGAGACGGCCACUGUCCUCGUCAUUACUGUUACUGUCCUGGUGACUGUGGUGGCAGCUGUGGUGAUGGCAGAGAGAAACAGGAAGAAAAGUCGUGGGAAGAACUGGGAUGCUGACUCACAAAGUCCCCCAUCUUAAAAAAACUGUUUUAUAACUCAUGUACAUUUUUUACUCUAUUUGCUUUUAGUACAGAAAAAGAAGGUUGCAAAUAUAAAUCCGCUAAGACUUAUAAAGACCGACUUUGGACCAUGGCUUGCAUUCCCUCCAGCAGUAGGACAAUACUGUGUUAGAUUUCUUUCUCAUUUUCAAAAUUAGAACAGGCAGCUGGUCAGGCACUGGUCCAGUUUUUUACAAGAAGUCCACUACAGGGUAGUUUGAGAAAGACAAAAUGCUACUGAGGUCAAACAGUCAGACUUGAUGUUGCAACUAUCUCUGGACUCAUUAAAUACGUGCAUGUGCUUAAAGCAGUGUGAUAGGGGUUUAGGACCAAACACCCCUACAAGAAAGCAAGUAAGACUAAUGAUUGAUUUGUAGGAUUUUCAGCUGUUUUACCUAAUCACAGAUAACUUAGACAUGCUGAAAAGAAGAAGCUAGAAAUAUAUCUAUUCUAAUGGAUUAACUGGGCAUGAAGCGGCAAAGCGCUUGCAUCUGUGACCACACAGAUCCAGAAUUUAGUUUAACUUCAAACAUUUGAAAUAAAAUAUGUUGCUCUUAAGGAGACUAAAAGAUUUUUCAAAGAAAAAUCUCUCAGGCUUUAUAUACAUAGAUAGCAGUAUAACUUUGUGCACCUAUAAUUUCCAAUUCAUGUCAGGCCUCGCUGGUGGGCAUUGGGUAUGUUGCCCCCCGACAGAGUGGAGAGCUGCACAUCGGUAUGUGUUAGAAUCAUAGCAGCAAACCAGCAAAAGGCAAAGAACUUUGCGUCCUUUUUUAAACAAACCAAGUGAGUUGAGUAAUGCUGUUGGAUGCACAUGAAGUUAACUAAAUGAUGACUAGCUGUUAAAAAUAAUCUUCUAGGUGUGUUAUCUAUGUUCAGAGGGGGUUACGUUUACUUGAGUCAAACAAAGGUAUUCUGAGUAGUUUUGUUGCACUACUUUUUACAGUUACUUACUUAAGAAACAUGGGCUACUGAUACUCUUACACAAGUAAUUAGUUUUGCAUGUAAAUAAAUAGACUUCAGAGAUUGGAACGAUUAGAUUCUUUGAUUUCUGCAAAGCAUGAGCAAAUGCUUAUGCAAAUUUCAGCAAAAAUAACUCAGCAUUUUCUAUAUGUCACUCUUUACAUCAGUAUUAUUUAUUUUGUUUUAAUAAACAAGGCUAUUUUAUGAAUGCUUGUUUAUGUAAAUACAUUAAAUAAAAAGCCUGUUUACUUUUCAAUUGGACUUAGUUCUGGAGUUUGACUGAAGCUUUCCAAAUUAUAAUUUAGUUACAAUUCUGUAAAAUAAAUGUUUUUUUUGUUUGGGGUUUUUUCUGUCCAGUGGAUGUUGUAUUAAGUACAUGAAGUUGUUUGUACUACAGAUGGAGAUUUACUUAUCUAAAUCAUUCUGUUGUAGUUUUAGCUGUAAUAUAUCUUUGUUCUGAUAGAAUGUGGAUCUUUGAACCAGUUUUGAGUCUUUUGCAAGUGUGACAGGUCUUCUUCCAGGAUUGAACUCUAGUUUCAUCUGUACACAUAAAAAGACAUGAUCAAUAAAAUAAUCUCCAGUAAAGGUA